AUCAGUUAAUAAACGUCAAACGCAUUGUUUGCGGGUGGUUUUGUGUGUAGCAUAAGUACGCAGCAGCACACGGUUUCCUCGCGGCGAUAAGAUACAACUAUAAAAAAAACAGUGUAAACAUAAAUAACCCCCACUGGCAAACAAAGCAAUCAUUGCAGAACGGUGCCUUUUAAUUUAAGGUGUUUACCUUCUGCUUCCCGAUGACGCAGCGAUAUGUGUGAUUAUUGUGUGCAGAAAAUUCGUACCGUGCGGCGAAUGAUAACAGAGAGCGCGCAAUAGAUUGAAACCGCGUAGAGGUGCUGUUUGGUUGAUACAACUAAUCAGUUCGUGAGCAACAUUCAACGAAGAACGUACAACAUACGAGUUGCAGAGUUUUUUUUUAGGGUUUAUUUUGUUUCCGUAUUGAUCAGCUGUGAUAAUUCAUCUUUCGUAUAUCCAAUUCCUUCCGGAUCAACGCCAACCUCCUCCUUUUAGUACACUAAUUCGCAAUGUUACUGCGUUAUGCGUUACAACGCAUUCAUUUCCAACGAACCUUUCCGUCAACGGUGUUACGUUCCUUUGCCACGAGCCAUCGUGAAGUGCCGGCACUCACAUGCGACCGUUACCCGGUCCAGCGUGGAUCGUACGCUGAGCUAACCGAUGAUGAUGUGGCCAUCUUUCGUGGCAUUCUUGGUGGAGCCGGCACGAGCCGCGUGCUAACAACGGAGGACGAAGUUCAGAACUACAAUAUCGACUAUUUGCGAAGCGUGCGCGGCUUUGGUAGGGUGGUCCUCAAACCGAAAACUACCGUCGAAGUGGCCGAACUGAUGCGUUACUGUAACGAGCGCCGGUUGGCCGUAUGUCCACAGGGUGGAAAUACGGGUCUGGUUGGUGGCUCGGUGCCGGUGUUCGAUGAGGUCGUUCUGUCGCUGCAGCUGAUGGACACGAUCGAGCGUAUCGAUGAGUACGCGGGUAUUGUGGUGUGUCAGGCAGGAUGUGUGCUUGCAACGCUGGAGGAGCAGGUCGGUGCCCGUGGCUUGGUUAUGCCACUGGAUCUCGGUGCCAAAGGUUCCUGCCAUAUCGGUGGCAAUGUAUCUACGAAUGCAGGUGGUUUGCGGUUGGUGCGAUAUGGCAAUUUGCAUGGUUCUGUCCUUGGUGUUGAAGCUGUAACGGCUGAAGGACGCGUGCUUGAUCUGAUGUCUAACUUUAAGAAGGAUAAUACGGGCUAUCAUCUGAAACAUCUCUUCAUCGGUUCCGAGGGUACUCUCGGCAUCAUUACUCGUCUGUCCAUGUUUUGUCCCACUGCUUCCCGUUCUGUUAACGUUGCAUUUCUCGGACUAAACAGUUACGAUGACGUAAAGCGAACGUUCCUCGCCGCAAAACGUGGUCUCGGAGAGGUAUUGUCCUCUUGCGAAAUGAUCGAUGCUCCAUCGUUGGAUAGUUGCACUCGAUUCCAUAAGUUAAAAUCACCGAUCGAGAAGUAUCCCUUCUACAUGCUAAUCGAAACGUCCGGUAGCGAUGCGGGACAUGACGAGGAGAAGCUUACGCGCUUCCUGGAACAAACGAUGGAACAGGGCCUGGUACAGGAUGGUACGGUUACGAACGAUUCCACCAAGAUGAAGAAUAUUUGGAUGCUUCGUGAACAGAUAGCGGACAGUCUGUUAAGUGAUGGGUAUUGCUUCAAGUACGAUAUUUCACUCCCGUUGGAUCAGUUUUACGAUAUUGUGCUGGCGGUGCGAGAGCGUGUCGGUGAUCUGGCGAUCAACGUUACCGGUUAUGGCCAUGUAGGAGACUCGAAUCUACAUCUCAACGUAUCCUGUGCCCGUUUUACGCCGGAAAUUUACGCUCUGCUAGAACCGUUCGUGUACGAAUACACUUCUAAGCUGCGGGGAAGCGUCAGUGCGGAGCAUGGGAUAGGAUUCCUCAAGCGCAAAUACCUACACUACUCGAAACAGUCCGAACCGCUAAAAUUGAUGCGUCAGAUGAAGCAACUGCUAGACCCGAACGGUAUCCUGAACCCGUACAAAGUGUUGCCACCAGAAUCACCGGACCAGUCGCGGUAGAACAUGGUUUAAUAAGCUAAUUGCUAAACAUUUGUUCUGAAAAGGGUGUCAAUUUUAAAACGAUUGUAGACUGAUGAUGCUAUUUAAUAGAUGGGUGUACAGGUUGUUAUCAUAUUUUGAAUGAAUUUUCAUUAUGUUUGUAAAAUAAAGAUAUACUUAGCAUGGUGUACAAACUAGUACAAAGAAAUCAA